ACCCCUUUUUAAAACCUCACUCUCGAGUUUCAGGACGGAAUCCUUCCAUUGCUGCUUAAACAGCAGCUAGGUGAAGUUUCUUCUCAUCGAGAAUUCGAAAAUGGAUAUCAAAAUUCAUUACAACCCCAAUGCAUUUCAGUUCUCAUCGAGAAUCUUAGUACCCAAUCAAACCCAUCUUAAGCUUCACCCUCGUAGACAACAACAAUACGCGCAAUCUCCUUCUAAGUACAGACUCAAGCUCUCUCGCCAAAAGCCAUCGUCUUUUCGAGCUUUUGCCUCUUCCAAUCCAAAUGGGUCUGGUUCAUUCUCGUGGUCGAGCUUUUAUGAAUCAAUUCGCCGUGGUUCUGACCCCUACUUUUCGAAAUUUAGUCAGUUCUUGAAGAAAGAAACUGGCUUGGACUUGGAAGACACUACUUCUAAAUUCGCCGGAUUAGCUAACAGGCUUCAAGAAGCAGCCAAGGAGAAAGAGGCUGAAUUUGACCGGUUCAGGUCGGAAUUCAUAGAUUGGAAUAAGUUGGAACGUUGGAAGGAUGUCAAGAAUUGGGAGCCCAAAAGGUUUGGUGCAUUGGUUCUAUAUAUCAUUGUUGUGGUUUUUUCUUCUCAAAUGUUAUACAUGGCCAUUCGAGCCCCAUCCAUCAACCGUCAAAGAAAAGAAUUGGCUGAUGCCUAUAUGGAAACAGUUAUUCCCGAACCAACCCCGGAUAAUGUUAGGAAGUUUAAAGCAAAUAUGUGGAGGAAUUCAACUCCCAAAGGUCUUAAAAUGAAGAAAUUUAUUGAAGGACCAGAUGGAACUCUUAUUCACGACAACUCUUACAUAGGGGAACAUGCCUGGGAAGAUGAUCCUAAGGAUGUUGGUAGGAGUGUGAAAGAAAUUAUAGAAAACGAUGUCAGAUUAAACACUGAAGAAAAGAAGGUUCUGAUGAAAGAUUUGGAAAUAUCUGGCGAGACAGAAGAAAGUGAAGGAACAUGGCGUGAAAGACUCGUUAAAUGGAAGGAAAUUCUUAAAAAUGAUAAUUUAGCUGAGCAAGCGGCUUCCUUAAAUGCUAAAUAUGCUGUUGAAUUUGACAUGAAAGAGGUUGAGAAUAGCCUUCGUAAAGAUGUUUUAGAGAAGGCUGUAGAUGGUCAUGGAACCCGUGCAUUGUGGAUUGGUAAAAGAUGGUGGCUUUACCGCCCUAAACUUCCAUAUAUUUACUUUCUUCAAAAACUUGAUUCUUCUGAGGUUGCUGCUGUUGUCUUCACAGAGGACCUCAAGCGAGUUUAUAUCACAAUGAAGGAAGGAUUCCCAUUAGAAUAUAUUGUUGAUAUUCCUCUUGAUCCUUAUCUGUUUGAGACUAUCUCAAGUUCUGGAGCCGAAGUGGAUCUUCUCCAGAAGCGACAGAUUCAUUACUUUAUGAAAGUACUAAUUGCAUUAUUACCUGGAAUACUGAUUCUUUGGUUUAUAAGGGAAUCCUUAAUGCUUCUUCACAUUACCUCUAACCGUUUUUUGUAUAAAAAGUACAAUCAGCUUUUCGAUAUGGCUUAUGCAGAAAACUUUAUUCUGCCGGUUGAAGAAGUGGACGAGACAAAAUCCAUGCAUAAGGAAGUUGUCUUAGGUGGUGAUGUUUGGGACCUUCUUGAUGAAUUGAUGAUUUACAUGAGAAACCCGAUGCAGUACUAUGAAAAAGAAGUCAAAUUUGUUCGAGGUGUUCUUCUUUCCGGACCUCCUGGAACAGGAAAAACGCUUUUUGCAAGAACACUCUCUAAGGAGAGUGGGAUGCCAUUUGUUUUUGCUUCUGGUGCAGAGUUUACAGAUAGUGAAAAAAGCGGCGCUGCACGAAUUAAUGAAAUGUUUUCUGUAGCUAGGAGAAAUGCUCCUUCCUUUGUUUUUGUGGAUGAAAUUGAUGCUAUAGCUGGAAGGCAUGCUAAAAAGGAUCCCCGCAGAAGAGCAACAUUUGAGGCUCUGAUUUCACAGCUUGACGGAGAGAAAGCGAAAACAGGCGUAGAUCGGUUUUCCUUAAGACAAGCUGUCAUAUUCAUUUGUGCUACAAAUAGGCCGGAUGAACUUGAUAUUGAAUUUGUUAGCCCUGGACGAAUAGAUCGCCGCCUAUAUAUUGGACUACCUGAUGCAAAGCAACGCGUUGAAAUUUUUGGCGUACAUAGUGAAGGCAGGCAGCUUGCUGAAGAUGUCGACUUCAGACAGUUUGUUUUUCGUACUGUUGGCUAUUCCGGAGCAGACAUCAGGAAUCUUGUAAAUGAAGCUGCUAUUAUGUCUGUGAGAAAAGGACAUUCUAAAAUUUACCAACAAGACAUCAUUGAUGUGUUAGACAAACAAUUGCUUGAGGGUAUGGGUGUGCUUCUUACAGAGGAGGAACAACAGAAAUGUGAACAAAGUGUUUCACCUGAAAAGAAGAGACUCCUUGCAGUCCACGAAGCUGGUCACAUUUUGUUGGCUCACUUGUUUCCAAGAUUCGAUUGGCAUGCAUUUUCUCAGCUACUUCCUGGUGGCAAGGAAACUGCAGUUUCAGUUUUCUACCCCAGAGAAGAUAUGGUAGACCAAGGUUAUGUAACCUUUGGCUACAUGAAGAUGCAAAUGGUAGUUGCUCAUGGUGGACGAUGUGCUGAACGUGUUGUAUUUGGAGAUGACGUGACUGAUGGAGGAACAGAUGAUCUAGAAAAGAUCACAAAGCUUGCUCGGGAAAUGGUGAUAAGUCCUAGCAAUGCCAGAUUGGGGCUUACAGCUUUGACAAAAAGAAUUGAUAUGGCGGAUCGACCUGAUAGUACAGAUGGUGAACUGAUAAGAUACAGGUGGGACGAUCCUCGGGUUAUUCCGGCUGAUAUGACGGUUGAAGUUUCUGAGCUAUUCACUCGAGAAUUGACCAGGUACAUUGAAGAGACGGAAGAACUUGCAUUGAAAGCAUUGAAGGAUAACAGGAAGAUACUGGAUAUGAUUGCAGGGGAGCUACUGGAAAAGUCUAGAAUAACUGGAUUGGAGGCCGGAGAUAAAAUAAAGGCAUUAUCUCCUAUUAUGUUUGAAGAUUUUGUGAAACCAUUCCAGAUAAAUCCCAAUGAGGAGGGGCCUUUGCCUCACAAUGAACGGUUAAGUUACAAACCACUUGACGUAUAUCCUGCACCGCUGCACAGGUGUUGAGGUGUUUGAAAACAAGGUCAUUUUUUGGAUCUGAGUUUGAAAGUGAAAGUCUUAUUCCUGAUCUGAUAGAACAGGGUGGGAUUUGUAAAAUCAAUCUCCCCAGUAGAAAAUCACCUUGAGUAGUUUUUACUGUAAUUUCUAUAUGUGAAAUGAGAAUAGAAUGAAGUAGUUUUUCCCUAUUUUCACUGGCAUUUGACAGCAGAUUGUAUAGAUCCUAGCUACCUUUAAACACUAGAAAAUACUAAAAAAAAAAAGAUAUAAUAAUCUCAAUUUUAACUCAUAUUCCAAUA